CGAGUGUUGUCAUUGCAUAAGUGUCAAAUGUGAUUGUAAAUCGGUUCAGUUUACGAUUGAGUUGCAUUUUCCUGAAUAUUGUUUUGGGUUUAUUCGAAUUUUUCAUGAACUUUAAGUUACGAUUCAAAAAAUAUGCUACGGUAUUGAUGCGAAAUAGACAUUUUUUCUAUCCAAAUGGAAGAUUUCAACAAAUUCAGAAGAAAAAACUGAAUUUCAUUGAACAAAAUCACAAUCUCCAAUAGAUUUUUUCUAAACCGAUUAAAUCGAUGUUCAAAAUUGAAACCGAUUGAUUUCCACACAUCGAUCUCAGACGAAUUAUCAUCUUCUUCGACACAUUCUGAAAAAAUAUAUCUCAAAUGCGUGAAACUUUUUUCUCAACGGAGUCCGUUGAACGAAAAUAAUUCAAAUUUCGUUUUAUUCAUUCACCUAUUUUUUUCAUGGACAGUGUUGCCAUCGUCGUACAAACAUCAGUUCAGUUUGUGAUUUGAUUGAUGCAAACAGCAGCUGCAUUUUGCAUUGUUUUCUUAAACAUUUAACGUUCGAAAGAACAAUAGCAAAAUUUGGCUCAAUUUUGUGUGCUAGUUUCUAAAAACCACGUGCAUAUAAACUAGAAAAAAAAAAUCAAAUCACCCAACACGUAAAUUCGGCAAAUUUCAACAUAAAAUCAAUCGAUUUAAACAGGAAAUUGUGUGUGAUUCAGCCCUGCAUGCUAUAUUGACACUAUGAGCAAAGUGUUUGCGACUGAUAAACACAAUAUAAACACACUGACAAAACGCUCACGCAUUUUUUUCAUAUGAUUUGCAUGAAUUGAGCGCUUCAACCAGCAACCGAGUAUCAAUAGACGAACGGAUUGUCAAUUGUGCCAAAGUGAAUGCCAGUGCAGAAAGUGAGAGUCGUUGUUUUUGUGUGUGGUAUACCACAUCGGAGUUGACAGAAGGUGUCUUUUUUUCCUGUUUCGCGCAAAUAAUGUGCUGAGAUAGAGAGAAAGAGCGCGCGCGGGUUUUUGUGCAGCCAAUUUGUGUUUCAUCAUUCUCUCGUUCUGUGUUUUGUUUUUGCGAUUUGUCUGCUGCUUCUGCUGCUGCUACCGCCGUUGCUCUCUCGCACCGUGUGUUGUGAAUAAUUUUACGGUGCAUUCGUUUUGUGCUUAGAUGCUCAUCAACAUUUAUAGCCCAUACACACCAUCGGAUAUUUAGUUCAUUCGGUAAAUUAAUAUGGUUUGCAUGUGCGUGCUGUUGUGUGUGGUAGAAUACUAUAUCAGUUGGGCGCGCGCCUAACGAACAAAAAACAAACUUGUACAUUCUUUGUGUGCGGUUGUGUUCGCUACGAUCCGAUAAAUUCGAAUUUUAUUUGCCAGAAUUGUUUUUCGUUUGUGUUAGAACCGAAGUUGAAUGUUCGAUAUUGGAAGUCAUAAAUGCAAAUUCAGUAAAUCUGUGGCGACAACGAAGCAGCGAAGGGAAAAAAAACAGUCAAUCACGCAUAUAUUUUUUUUCUUGUGGUUGUUCGAUGUCACCAAUAUGUCAAAGUACAAGCAAAGCAAUUGAUAUUACCAGUUGAACUCAGUGUCAUUAAAAACGAGUGAAAGGAAUAACGUGAAUAUUUAGCUAGAUAUUUAGUGUGUGUUUUCUUGGCCGAAGACAAUUAAGUCAUUAGAGACAAUAAAGAGACCAACCAAAAAUAGCAAAUCUCCAGUGUCAGCGUGCUCAUGUGAUCGAACAGCUUGUUUAUUGUUUCAAAACAAAGUCGAGUGGUUGUUGGUGGUUGCGGAGGUGUUUGUUGCGCAGUAAUUCAAUGUUUUUUUUCGUUAAAAGGCAUUCGAUUCAGUUUGUUAGUGUCUCCAUACGCCUGCAUAUAGUUUAACCAUUCACAAGACGCCGUUACAUUUUAAAAACACAUCAUAUUUUGUACAGAAAAAUUAAUCAAUCAUUGUAUCCAAGAAGAACAUUUUAGUCGUUAGAUCUACGUCUAUGUGUGUAUAUAUUGUCUAAAUUGUGUAGAAAUCCCAUUGAAGAAAAAAACAAAAUGUGAUUCUAAUUGUGUUCCGUGAAUCAUCUAAUUGUUUUACAAUCACAGUUGAACGUUUUUUUUUCAUCGCUGUUUUGCUCAUACAAUGCCAAUGUGUUCAUGUUCAAAAUUGUGCAUGCAAUCCAGUUUGUAGCUAGUAAAUGCAAUUCGUUCAUAAAAUAUUCAUUCGCUUGAGGCAUUUAUCCAUUCAACUAGCAGUCAAGUUGUGUGCCAAUAAAACGAAGCACACACAAAUAUGCAAUUAUCUCUCAGUAAAUAGCGAACAAAAAAAUUAUCAUAAUCGCCACCGCUCGCACAUAAGCUCAACCAUUGAAUCACACAUUCGCGUAUACACACAUAUUUUCUGUACUGAAUCACAUUUACCGCACGGCGUUCGUCUCAGUUGGAACGAAAUUUGACGAAAAAAAACAAUUCUCUAUAAUCAUGAGUACAUCACAGAUUCUAACCAGAGGUGCAACACAACGGUCAAAAAUCCAAACGAGAGCCAUGGUCAACAAAGAUCUUCAGAAUAAGCAACAAGCUCAAGCUAACAAUAUUAGUGCGGCAGCAACAACGGCAGAAGGCAAUGGCAAAAAAUCCCAAAUUACACUCAACGAGGCCAAGAAAAAAGCACGGAAUUCCGCGACAAAGUCAACACACGAAACAUUAGUCAAAGAUAUUUACCAAAAUGCGCUGAGUUCACUGCGAACCAAACGAGGUAAAACUGGUUUAGUUUAUGACAGAAGGAUGGCUCAACACUGUUGUCUAUGGGACAAUGGCUAUCCAGAGAGUCCAGAGAGAUUCACUCGUGUUCUAGAAAGAUGCGAGGAAUUACACUUGAUUGAUCGCUGCCAUCCGAUAGAAUCCCGUCCAGGAACGCUAGAUGAAAUUUUGAUGAAACAUACUCAGGAACAAUAUGAUAUUUUGAAAGCCACUGAAAACGAAACCGACGAAUCAAAACUCGAGGAACUCAGCUCGCAUUACGAUGCAAUUUAUAUUCAUCCGACAACAUUUCAACUUUCCAAAUUGGCAGUUGGCAGUACCAUCGAAUUGGUUGACAGCAUUCUGCGGAACGAUGUUCAAAAUGGAAUGGCUAUCAUUCGGCCACCGGGUCAUCAUGCAAUGAAAGCCGAAUACAACGGUUACUGUUUCUUCAAUAAUGUGGCAAUUGCAGCACAGCACGCGCUUGUUAAUCGUGGUAUAAACCGAAUCUUAAUCGUUGAUUAUGAUGUGCAUCAUGGUCAGGGCACACAGCGAAUGUUCUACGAUGAUCCACGAGUUUUGUAUUUCUCAAUUCAUCGAUAUGAACAUGGAACGUUCUGGCCAAAUCUACGUGAAUCGGAUUUUGAUUGCAUUGGAGUGGGCAGUGGACUUGGGUACAAUUUUAAUCUACCCUUGAAUAAAACUGGCAUGACAAACGCCGACUAUCUGGCGAUUUGGCAACAAAUCCUAUUGCCAGUCGCUGCAGAGUAUCAACCGAAUCUCGUCAUCAUAUCAGCCGGCUAUGAUGCCGCCUUUGGCUGCCCAGAGGGUGAAAUGGAAAUUACACCAGCUUGUUAUGCUCAUUUAGUGUCACCAUUGAUGGCAAUAGCCCAGGGUCGUGUGGCAGUUGUUUUAGAAGGAGGAUACUGUUUAGAUUCAUUAGCUGAAGGUGCAGCCAUUACGUUGAAAACAAUUUUGGGUGAUCCAUGCCCAUUGCUUGGGCCAUUAGCUGAGCCAAGCGAAAGCAUCGUGGAGAGCAUUUUGAACUGCAUUCACAGCCACCGAAACUACUGGAAAUGCCUACAAAUGCACAAAACCUACGAAUUGGAGGAGCUUAAAAGCAAUAGGGCGAAAGAUUUGCAUUUGGUGGAGCAAAAGUUCAUUGGAAGUGGUGAACCAAUUCCAGAGCGCUUUGAGACACGCAACUGCUACCCAGUACACAAUUCGGAGCGGCUGAGACAGAUUGCAACACGUUUGCAACGCUUGAAAAUUACCACAAAUCUAUCGGCAGCUCCGAAUCGAGUAUGCUAUGUGUACGAUUCACAAAUGGCCGAACAUCGCAAUCUUUUCGAAGAACAUUACGAACGACCGGAACGGAUUACAAAAAUCAAGGAAACGUUCGCAGAAUACAACCUGCUUGACCGAAUGCACGGCUUAAAAUCGCGUGAAGCAUCAACGGAAGAGCUGUGUCUAAUCCAUACGUAUACUCAUGUGAAAAAUAUGCGCAAAAUAUCGAUACAGAACAAAAAUAUGCAGGAAAUCGGUGAUAAGUACAAUUCAAUCUAUUUCCACGAAACAACAUUCAAAUGCGCAACAAUGGCUGUUGGAUCAGUACUCGAAGUGGUCGACAAUGUGCUCAAUGGCAACUAUCAGAAAGGCCUAUGUGUCGUUCGGCCGCCAGGUCAUCAUGCCGAAGCGGAAUUUCCUCAUGGAUUCUGCAUAUUUAACAAUGUCGCAUUGGCUGCUAAGUACGCCAUCAAAUUUCAAGGGCUCAAGAGAGUUUUGAUAAUCGACUGGGACAUUCACCACGGAAACGGUACACAGAGAAUGUUCGAAAAUGAAGAUAAGGUGCUUUACAUCUCCUUGCAUAGGUACGAAAAUGGGGAUUUUUUCCCCAAAUCGACUGACGGAGAUUAUAUGAUGGUUGGUGAAGGCCGAGGAGAAGGUUUCAAUGUGAACAUACCGUGGAACAAGCACAAAAUGGGUGAUAGUGACUAUAUUGCAGCAUUUCAGCGCAUAAUCAUGCCAAUCGCAUACGAAUUCAAUCCCGAACUGGUAUUAGUUUCGGCUGGAUUUGAUGCUGUUGUCGGAGAUCCAAUCGGGCAUUACCAUGUAACACCCGAAGCAUAUGGCUAUUUCACGCAUUGGCUAUCGUCAUUGGCAAACGGAAAGAUAGUCCUUUGCCUAGAGGGUGGAUACAAUGUCAAUUCCAUUUCACAUGCGAUGACAAUGUGCACAAAGGCAUUGCUGGGCGAUCCGCUGCCAAUGUUACAUACGACAGGAAAAGCUCCAAGCGCCAGUUGCAUGGAAACCAUUCAGAAUGUGUGUUCAGUCCAUCGAAAAUAUUGGAAGUCACUACGAUUUGAUAAGAAAUUGCCUGCGUAUGACUCACCAAGCAAAGAUAACACAAUCGACGAAGUAGUCAAACAACUGGAUACAUUGACUUGUUCUGAUGAGAGUAGCUCGAAUCCUUCUAGCAGCAAGCAACUCGAACCACAACCAGGCCCGUCUACCUCAGCUUCGGGUUCUUCAGGUGACAAGAAGCAAACGCUUACCGAAUAUUUGAAAGAAAAUCGUGAUGCUUUGCUGAACGAAGACAUGUUUGCCGUAGUACCUCUCAGUGAUUGCCCACAUUUAGCUACACUUGAUCCAGAUUCAGCACCCGAAGCGUUCGAUACAAAGUCGUCGUGUCAAAAUUGUGACACAGUCAUCGAGAAUUGGGUGUGUUUGUUGUGUUUCAAGACCUGUUGCAGUCGAUACAUCCAGGAGCACAUGCUAUUCCAUCACAUUGAAACGGAACAUGCACUUGCGUUGAGCUACAGUGACCUGUCCGUUUGGUGUUUCAAGUGCGAAAAUUACAUCGACAAUCCAAUCCUGUACAAGUACAAAAAUCUGGCACAUCGUAAUAAAUUCGGCGAAGAUAUGGUUUGGUGCUAUGAUCCAAAUCCCAUUCUAUUGGACACCAUCGCAUCAUCGUCCUGAUGAAAUUCCAUGCGAAAGUCGUUGAUUUUCCCAAAUUUAAAAUAAAAUUUGCUUAGAGGCGCCAAAAUUAAUUUGUCCUCUGCUCAAAACAGGCAUACAUCGGUACCUUAAUCAAGGAUUCAAGCAAUCAAUAUAGAAAACAUUAACCGAAUUAACCAAAGAUAACCUUUUUCCGACCAUUGUUGUUUGAAUCCUCGUUCAUUAUCCAAAAACAAAACAAAAAAAUGCAUAAAAAGUAUUCAAUGAGCCAAAUUUACCCUAACGAACAAUGUUAUUUUCGCUAUGUAUAUUAUCUUUUUGUAGAAAAUGACAAAUAAUUUUUAGAACAAUGUUUAACAAGAUCAAAUAUUGUAGAAAAAAAGAGGAAAUAUUUUGCAUAGUGUUGUUGUAGGAGAAAAUUGUUAGAAUUAAAUUAAAUUAUUUAUCAAACUAACGCAAAAUCAAAUGAACAAGAAAAUGAAUUAACAAAAAGAUUUAAUUGUAAAAAUAUGGGAGAAAUAAAAAUCCAAAACAAUGAUUUGCUUUAAUCAUCCGAACAAAGAGCCCAAUAAAAUCGAGAAUGUUAACCAAAAA